UUCCUGUCUCUGGCUAGCUUGGACUCUGAGAGUGGGGUGAAGACCUGGUUGGAGGUGCCCUCAAGCCAGGGUCCAGGCCCCAGGGGCAGGUGGGGCAGUUAGGAGUGGCAGGAACAUUCUGGUCCAACUGAAGGACUGUCUCGUGUGAUGCCAUGAAGAAACUUCUCACCUUCUGGAGAAGGAAGGAUGAGCCUCAAAGCUCUUCCUCACACCUACCUGUGGGCCGGGCCAGUACCCAUCACCCUGCCCAGUCAGGCUACAAUCUUAGAGAUAAGGAUUUAAAGAAACUUCACAAAGCUGCCUCAGUCGGGGAUUUGGAGAAGGUGAAGGAGUACCUUCAGCUCAAGAAACGUGAUGUGAAUAUACGGGACAGACAAAACAGAACGUCUUUGCACCUGGCCUGUGCUAAUGGAUAUUCAAAUAUUGUAUCUCUCUUAAUUGAGAAACAGUGCAAAAUAAAUGUCUGUGAUGGUGAAAAUCGAUCUCCAUUGACUAAGGCAGUACAGUGUGCAAAGGAGGACUGUGCUACUAUUCUUCUAGAGCAUGGAGCAGACCCAAAUAUGGUGGAUUUUGAUGGCAAUGCUGCUCUCCAUUAUGCUGUCUGUGGCCAGAGUGUCUCAUUAGUUGAAAAACUGCUUGAACACAAAGCUAAUCUUGAAGAGCAAAAUAAGGAUGGGUAUACUCCACUUUUACUUGCCAUUACUGAAAAUAAUGCAGAAAUGGUAGAAUAUCUUCUGAAGAGAGGGGCAGAUGUGAAUGCUUCAGAUAAAAAUCAAAGAACAGCCCUUAUGAUUGCGCUAAGUGAUGAACCAACAAAUUUAGUCAGUCUUCUUCUUCAGCAAGAAGUGGACUUAUCUUGCAAAGAUAUUUACGGAUUUACAGCUGAGGAGUAUGCUUCUUUUAAUGGUUUUACUGUGUAUCAUCAAUUAAUUGCCAAUUAUGGAAAGGGGAAGAAAGUUGAACAGAUAUCUAACUCUGAAGAUACAACCUUAGGCACUACAUUUGAUACAAAAGAACUGAAGGAAGAUCUGUAACUUCAUUUCUACAAAUCCUUUGCUGCUGCCUUGAAUUAGAAAAUCAUUUUGAAAGAGUAAUUAAAUGAAAUAUCACAGCAUUUCACUUACUACUCAUUUGAAGAGAAGUUUGUUAAACAGAGAGCAGUUUUCACCUUAGAAGACGUGAAGAGAUUUCAAAAGACAAACACCUGUAUCAUGAACUGUUAAUUGAAAGGAUAUAAUUUGUGUUCAGCUUAUAGGCAGAAAAAUCUUUUUAGUUAUAAUUUUGAAUAGGAUAUUUAUAAGAGGAAGCUUUGUAACACAUUGUGUUAGGCAUGCAG